GUGGGUCAACUAUAGAUAGCAAGAUGGCUAUUGAUACAUGUAAGCGUCAUGGGGGCAUAAGCGGCGCGUAAGCGUCUUCAUAGGCAAGGCUUGCUAGGUCCUAUACAUUCAUCUGCUUUUAGAUCUGUGGUUUGUUUUGAUCACAUGUAAUAGAGUGAGGAAACAGAAAUUUGUGAGUAAGUUUCUAGCGCUUAACUCUACCUUUGUUUUAAAAAAAUAUUCUCUGUUUCUUGAGGUCGAAUAUUUACAGCAAGUAUUUCCUGAGGAGCACUUUGGUAAUGCUGAGUUUUAUGUUGUACCUCCUGUCAGCGCACAUUAUGAGAGCUAGCUUGAACAGUAUCCUUUUCAUGCAUCGUUUUGUAUUCCCUUCAUGAUCUAUAACUUCGUGUCCUUUUGGUCGGCCCAUUCGACGGCUUGAAGCUGGUAUGCGAUCUGGAUGAGGUAGGUGCGUUGCGUUUUACUAUUUUAAGUAAGAUAUGCAGGAUUGAAUAGGGAAUCGUCCCAGAGGAUUCAUUUCUAGUCCAUAUUGCUGUUAUUUAGAAGCCUCUUCAUAUGCUUUCUGAUAGUGUGUAUUUUGCUUAGGCAUUGACAAUCCUCCAAGGUAAAAUGGAGAAAGAACGUAGAGGUAUUCAGUUUUGAGUGUAAGUGAAAAGAAAUCUCAUCGCUUUCUUGAGUGGAUACGAUAUUUUUCGCUUCUUUCAGCUUUGAAUCGGUCAAUGGGUUGCAGUGAUUGAUAUGGUGAUCUUUUUGUUUGCGUCACAGCAACCCGUGCUUGUUCAAAACAGGAAAAUAUCCUUUAAUCUGAAGUAAAUGGAGUGUGACUUUUUCAAGGUGCUUAUCCAUUACCGUUCCUCAAUUCUUGUCUCUGAAGAUGCCAAGCAAGAUCUAUGCGCAGCCUUUGAGUUGUUGUAAUAGGGUAAUUUAGUCAUUUUUUUUUUUCGAAAAGGAUAAAAUAGCAUAUAUUGAUCUAGCUUUUUAUUACUAAUAUAUGGCCAUAUCGGAAUGCUCUAAACGGGAGAAAAGGCGGCAGAAGUUUGGAAUUGACUGCAAUGACCUCCUGGUGUGGAAGAUUUGGGAGCCUGAACAGCAGUACACACGGCAGGUGAUUCUCAAGAAUAUUGAAAGGGACGCACAGACUAUCAGCUUCAAGUUGCCUGCACACAGAAAUACGUUCCUUACACCCUUUCCGGAGUCUGUCACUCUGAGGAGUGGUGUGUCGUUCACCUUAGAUGUAACCUUCUGUCCUCUCGAAGUAGUGGAGAUUCACGAUAGUAUUGAAGUCACAGUGGAGGGCAAAGGAUCCUUUAAUAUCAAGUUAGAGGGUCGCAUACCCUAUGCAAAACUACGUUGCACACCUAGAAGACAUGAUUUUAAACUCUGCCCUGUUGGAUUUUCCACAAGGGAGCGUAUGUCCAUGACUAAUAUAGGUACGGUCCCUCUAGAGUUCGUAUGGGACCUGCCAGCACCCUUUGCAGUCACUCCGCAGCGUGGCUUCCUGAAGCCCAACGAACCACUCGAGGCUUUUGUAGUUUUCACACCACUGGAUGCUCGACCUGUCUUUGCGCAGGGUGUUUGCCGCCUAGCCAGUAUUGAUGAGGCCUUAGCUGUCAUUGAACUCUCAGGUGUGGGCAAGUACCCACAUAUUUCUUUCGCUAAAGGGUUCGGUGAUGUCAAGCGUCAGGGCAAAGCGAAAAUGUUCCCGGAUGCAGCUCAAUUUUCUCAGGUUAGUCACACACAUGUAUGCGUGGACUUUGGUGCUGUAGCUACCGGUAGCACACAAAGUUACGAAUUAGUACUGGAGAAUCCCUCACUUGUGGCGGCCCACGUCCGAGUGCGGCGUGAGGACGACAACGUUGACUGCCCUUUCCAGCUCAGUUUGCCCAAUGCCGAAGCUCCAUUGAUUUCCUCUCCGUCGUCCCUAUUUCCCUUGCAGUCGCCAGGGGAAUCCUUAACGGACUUUGAAAUCCCGCGGAAUGUAAAGCAGAGUCUGAUUAUAACUUACAAAGCUAAAGGGAGCGCAGCGUGCCGCCACACCAAUGUGUUCGAGCUUCGCGCCGUGGCUGGAAACGUGCUUCAUGUGAGUGCAACUGGCAUGAUUAGUACUUCCCACGUGUGUGCCUCAACGAGUUAUUUGAAUUUUGGGGAUGUCAAUUUGGAAAAGUUGUCGACUCGCGACGAACGCACCUGCGCUGGUGUAGUCCAGCUCAAAAACAAAGGUAGGUUCCCUACGUAUUUUCAGAUUCAUGGUGUUACCCCCGGUGGGGCCUUUUCGGUUGAACCGAGCUGUGGCGCGAUCGAGUCCCGAAAGAGCGUCUAUGUGAAGGUACAUUUCCAUCCAACAGAGCCGAGGAAUUACCUUCGUAGAUUGUUUAUUUUUGUACAGAACAUGUUGUCAGGCACCCUUUUUGUGGAUCUUUUUGGCUCUGCCUACAAUGUUGUCAAUCGUCCACCGCCCUUUGGACUGCAGGAGGUUGAGACUUUCUUUACUUACAUGAAGCACGGCCUGGGGUUCUACACACCGCGGGAACUGGAUAUGCUGGAGAGGGCCGCCUUAGGGGAAUUAGAGAACAAUUCUUCCGACUCAAGGGCCAACUCCAACGAUGCAUUAAGCUCAUUUGAACGCAUACAAAUAAUGUGGCGAUUGACCAAGGACAAGGAAAGUUUUAAAAAUGGUGACGCUGCAGUUUCGAGACGGCGUGCCGGGUCUAUGACGAUUGACUCCAUGCUUCGUCUCCUUAAUCACACAUUGCCCUGCCCUUUUUCUUUGGAAUCAAAAUCAAUUCUUGCGUUUGAAUUUAGUGAAAAACCUCAGAGCCAGACAGUCAUCGUGCGCAACGACUCGCCCGAAGCGGCCAUCGCCACCUGGGUUGUCCACAAGGAUUCCAUGUUUGUUGUGUCUCCAACGCAACAGGAGAUACCUGCUGGUGAGCAAUACACUUUUCAGGUGGUACCAAGUUUGGAUAGGGGCAGUAACGAUCAAUCUGGGAUCUCGUCCAUGACGUUGUCACGACGAGAGUUAGGGUGUGCACAGGUUUUAGAAUGCUACGUGUCCUACGCACAAAUGCGAUCCUUCCGAAACGUAGACAAGCACACAUUCAUUCCACCACAUUGCUUCUAUGUGCCUUGCCUUCUUAGGUGCCACCCCAGUGUCGUGCCACAACUCUUGAAGGAUGAAAACAUUGUGCAUGUAAGUAGUACGAUUACGACGUUCACUGCCACUCGCGUUGGUGGCACAACGUACCAGAUUAUUUCCCUGCUGAAUCUUACUGACGCAUUCAUUUCGUACGAGAUCUCCAGCGCCUCAUUGCACCGGGUAAGUGAAAAACUGAGGGAAGGUGCUGUUUCCAUGUUCAUUUCUGACGAGGGCACCAUCCUGCCAAAGGCUAGAAUUGCGUCCUCCGAUGGACAGUCUAUACCAAAGUCUGCCGCGGUCUUUGCGUGUAGCCCAUCUACAGGAUGGGUAGGACCUCAGAAGCGUGUUCUGAUUGUUUACUGCUUUCAUCCAACAAGCUACGCCCAGUUUGAGGCGGAGGCUACACUUAAUGCGUUUUGUGGGCGACAAAUGCAGUCCAUAAAGCUGCGUCUGUUGGGCGAGUCGGACGUGCCCCGCCUCGUCGUCACGGGGGCGUCCAUGGGUAUUGAAGGUAGGCAAUUCUACUUGAAACCCACCUGCGUGACUGGCGAGUCCCAUCAUGUGCUUCAGUUGCAUAACCCAACUUCCCUUCGUAUUGCUUACCUCUUAAUACCCUCUCCUGAUCUCAUGGGCGUCCUGCGCUUCGAACCGUCGGAGGGAAUCCUAAGCGGGGGGGAGCGCUCUCGUUUGACAAUAUUCUUUAAACCUGAAGCGGUUUCGAGUUACAAGGGGAGUGUAACACUCCUCUUGCGUGAUACCGACGGUAUAGGCCAUGAAGACGCUCCUCCGCUUCUUGAUGCGACACAAUCUGAGGCGAUUUGUGGACACUCAAUCACAUGGCAGGUGAAUGGUGAGGGUGUCUAUGGAAAACUAGAGGUUGAGCCCACUGUUAUGACCCUUGAGCGAGGCGAACUGAACAGUUCUGAGGAACAGACCACUGCAAAUCUCACACUUUACAACAGCGGCAGGUGCGAAUUGGCAUACGAGGUACGUGUCUGGAUUGUCUCUGAUCCAGCUGCGUUGGGGGAAGAGUCCCCUAAUCCGGUGCUUUUCAACCACACCGGCACCCUUCCCGCGCGGGCUCAUUGCACUGUCCUUGUGACGCCGUGCCCUUCUGUUAGUGGCGGUGUUGGUGAGUACAUUCUAUACGCAAUGAUAGCUGGUACGGCUGACUUUAGCUCCAUACGCAGCCCCGAGACGCUAGAGGAGGUUCUGGAGCAUCCACACUGUAAAUUGAUGGUCCUUUCCAGGCGCCCUGCGGUGCAGGUAGUGGACGUCCGUUCGCUUACGCAGCCGCGAUCAUCCCUCUGGCGACGUCUGUCUAUUAACGAGCUUAACACUCAACUCGCUGCACCUGUACAUGCAAGCGAUGCAGACCCAUCAUUUCACGCCUUUCAUCAAUACAUUAGCGGCCUCAUGCCUAUUGCGAUGAAUAUUGCAGUGGGUAACCAGCACGCGCCAUCGGCCCGCAUUUCGCUAGUACUGGAGAAUACUGGGGAUUGCGAAGCCACAUUCACGGUGUGGUUGCCGACAGAGGCGGAUGUGAACCAAGAGACGUGGUUUGUUGAACAGGAGGAUCUCAGUGACAUCCAACAUAUAAUAGAUGCCUCUCUCAUCGACAUCAGGCCGCGCUGUGGCACCAUUGGUAUAGGUGACAUUGCCGUUAUGACCAUAACCUACCGAUUUUGCGAGAUUGGUACGCAUGUCCUCCCGGCGAUGUUGAGACUUAGCGACGGGAAAAGGGCCUUGAUAUUGCUUGAGGGGCGCACUAUGCCGACUGGUAUGAGCUGCCUGGUGUUUCAUCACAAAUCAUCUGUCUACCAUCUGCAACCUGUGAUGCUGGGAGACAUGGAGCCGCCGAUGCAAUCUAUCAUGGUGGAGAACCCCCUUGAUCGUGAGGUGACUUACACUGUUGACAUUGAUUCCAUUUUGGCUAUCGCUGAACGGAACUACAACUUCCCUAUUCUACAAUGCGUCGCCCCAAUAGGCACUCUCGCACCGUGCUCUCUCGCGUCCGUGCCAUGGUAUUUUAGGCCUCUUGAAGCUAUUGAAUACACCAUGGAUGUACCCAUUUACACCGAUGCAGGCGAAAGUUACACCCUCACGCUGAUCGGCCGCGGUUACCACCCUCAUACAACCCCUGUUAGGGAGAUUCGGCAGUGGAUUGACAACUCCUUUUUUUUCGUACUUUCCACGGCUGCCAGGGGUGCCCAAUCGCGCCCCCUAUCUUUAUAUGAGGCACCAGUGUCUCUUUCCACUGAGGUAAUGACCUUCGGUGCAGUACCCUUCUAUGCACUCUACCGCCGCUGCUGUACACUGACGAAUCACCACCCCACAGACGUUUACUCUUUCAAAUGGAGUCCUUCUCACACCAACGGCGACCACACUCUCUUUAUCAACCCGAAGGAGGGAGUUAUUCCACCCAACGGCGGAACUGUCAUGUGCCGGAUUGCCUUCAACACUGGGAGUGUAAGCCAACAGCUAGUGUGGCCCAUUCUGUGUAUGGUUACCAACAAAACAGUGAUAGACGCAGAGAUACAGAACAGGGCCUCCGAAGACGCUGCUGUAUCGUCGAGGACUCCAAUCGACGGAGAGGAAUGCAUAGCUGCAGACGGUCUUGGGGUUUUCGCAUGUGGCGCAGCCACCACACAGGCAACCAGAGACGGACCUCAGCGUAGCACGUUCCUUCAGAAAAAAGCACGAAUGGCGUCUCCCCGUCCGCCUGUGAUGAAUAUCCCGCCAGAAUCCCUGAGCCUGAACGCACUGUCCAGAAUGGUAGCGGAAACCAGACGCCAAUACGAGGACAACCUGCUCGACCUUGACGAUAACUCGCAACGGACCGUGAUGUAUGGCACACUGGAGCUGUUUCUGCAGGCACGUAUUAUGCCAGUGGACUACUGGGAAUUACUGUACGAACAGAAAGCCAAGUCGAAGGUCUAUCAGCCGUCGAUGCACCUCUACACAGAUCCCCAACCAAUAGACAGUUUUAGACCUGCCACCAUGGAGGAGGUCCAGGUAACUCGCAACGUCAUGGAUGAGAUAAUACAUAUGAUAGUCGCUCAGCCUCAGACUCAGUCAGCCUUUACACAACCCCGUUUUGCCGAGGAGCCGGUCUAUUAUAGGGACUUGGUGGCGAAGCAAUCUGAGUUGACUCAGCUUCCCAUCAUGGACUCCUCGUAUGGAACUGAGGAGGUAAUCGAUGACAAGGCUAAUCAGGGCAAACAAGCAUCACAGGUGGAGGAAAAGAUCCCGCCAAGCGGGUUGCUGAAGUGCACGCUGGAGGUAGCAUUGGAUGAAAUGAUACUGGAUAUAGCCACGAGUGUGUUAGAGCAAAUAUGA